AUGCCUGAACAGCCAGUGUCACAACCUCUGCUCAAAGAUAAUCGAUGCAACAUGACAGAUACCAUGCAGCGAAUUUCCCUUUCCAGGCCACCAAUGAAAAAGAGCAUGUACAAUACUUUGUAUAUGAUGGAUUAUAAACCAUAUGAAGAGUUCCAGAGUGAGCUACCUAUGAUGGAUCUCUCAAAAAAACUGCAACUGGAAACUCAGCUAAAAAAGAAGGAGUUUGAAAGGCUCGUUGAGAAGGAACCUAUGAAAUACGCUGAGGAACCCAUCUGUCGAGAGGUGGAACCACCUUAUCCUGUAAAAAUAGAUGAGAGUUUAUCAAGCAACCAAGAAGCUCCUCUAGCUUUCCUGCAAGUAGAGAGAGAUCAAGAAAAAUACCACCUUCCUUCAGAGCCAACUGCAUUCCAGAAAAGGGAGGCAGAGAGCGUAAUUCCUCAAAGAGACACAUUUGCUAUGCCAGGUACUCCUUGUAUUAAGCAAGAAUUGGGGCAGAACUGGAACAACUAUCAACAAUUUAUGUUAGAAAUGCGUCGAGCUAAUCAAACACAACUUAAGGAAAUUAAGAAAUCACAUUUGGGAUCUUCUGUUUUUCAGGCAGAUUUUGCCAUCAGUACUGAUGCUAGUACUUACCAAAGAGAUUAUAAACAUUGGUCCAGUGUCCGUAGUGGCUUUUAUCAAGCAAAUCGGAAUUUCUCCAACUUUUUUUUCAAUGAUGGCUACUAUAAUGAGAACCCGUGGACAUCAGAAUAUAUGGAUAACUACAACAUCUUCUUAAAGAAAUUAAACCGGAAAACUCAAAAUCCGGUGUCAACUUUCUGCUCUACAGUCAGGCCCAUACCCUCUCUUUCCCCUGAAAUAUCCACACAGACUCCAAUAGCAGUGAAUACAGCACUUUAA